AUGCAACCCCAGCCGGAGGAGAGGGAACAUCGUUGCAUCCCCGCCAAACCCCGCUUCCUACCUCUCUCAAAGGAAAAAUUGUGGAGGGGAUGGGGCGGUGUGAUGGUGUUUCAUUCCGGAAUUCGAUGA